AUGUACCGUUUCUUCUUCCGCACUUCACAAAUCUUCGUUCUUGAGCGGCUGUUCUCCCGCGAAUCUCAUCCCGUUGCAGUUCCGUUCGUAAUUUUGCAUCGUCAGCCAUUGUAGCUACGGCAAUAUCGGCCACGAACACAUAGCCGUUGGUAUUAGGUGUUAUGGGUAACUUUGAACUUCUGAAGAAGUCAAAUGUAAAGGUAAGACGAGAAAAGUUGUCUCAUCCCAAAUAGACCUGAGACAAACAUAAAAAAGACUCAUGAGAGAUGUUAACGAAGAGUGAGCAAAGCAAUUGGGUUGCUACACCCAAUUGGGGUGCCUUCUUAGAAAUUGAGACGAACGAUCGGUUCAUUCCUCCAAAAUAUUGCGAAAAUCAAGUUUAUUAGACCUAUUCUUUUAGCGAAAUGGAGCUGGGAAUUGUUUGGCUUCUCAGAGCUGCUUGGGUUGCGGGAAUUUUGCCUAUAAUUGUAGCCUUCUUACCCUUCUCUAAAUUGAAUUGGUUUCGUGGAAUUCUGUUGAGGUUUGCGAAGAGAGGGAAGAUUUUGCAAUCGUCUUCUCAAAAAUUCACUGUACCUCAAAAAUUCUUCUGCCACUUUUAUGUGUUGGCUGUUAUUUGGACAACCUUGUUGUUAGGAACAACUUGGAUUUAUGCAUAUGUAUCAACCCCGGAAAUCUCAGAACCAUUUAACUUUCCUGCCAUUACCAGCCAGUUGACUGGAAGUUCAAGUUUGUUUCCAUGGCAAAAAUCUCAUUCAUCUUGGAGGGAACAUGGAUUCCUGGUCUGGAAAGCGGUUUUUCUGAUUUUAUUAAUGGAAGUUCAAGUUUUGAGACGUCUUUAUGAAACAAUAUACGUUUUCAACUAUAGUCCCUCGGCUCGGAUGCACAUCUUUGGAUAUUUAACUGGCUUGUUUUUCUAUACAGCAGCUCCUCUAUCACUUUGUAGCAAUUGUAUUCUAGAAGUGUAUCACUUUGCCGCAAGUGGACUAGCUCAGUUUAUUGUUCAAGGAAGAAGGCAUAUGCCUGAUGUUGAAAUUAGCCCGUUGGAUGCUGUGAUUCCUUUAUCAAAUUUAGGUUGGUGUCAGUGGAUUGGUGCAGCUUUAUUCUUUUGGGGUUGGAUUCAUCAGCAUCGUUGCCAUCAGAUUCUGGGCUCACUGCGGGUACGUAGAGAACAAUCUGAAGAAUAUAGAAUUCCUCAUGGUGAUUGGUUCGAAGUCGUGUCUUCUCCACACUAUCUUGCCGAGAUUGUUAUAUAUGGUGGACUUGUGGUUGCGAGUGGAGGAAAAGAUUUGACAAUCUGGUUACUUUUUGGAUUUGUGGUGGUAAAUUUGGCCUUUGUAGCAGCAGAAACCCAUAGGUGGUAUUUUCGUAAAUUUGAUAAUUAUCCAAGAAAUCGAUUUGCUAUUAUACCAUAUAUAUAUUGAGCUAUGUGAUAUUUUCAGGAACCCUUGCCCAAGUACUUUGUGUGUGAUUGUAAUUAGGUUGCUUUUGUUGAAUUCUAUAAGGUAAUGACAUUGAAUGAUGCUGUAUAGAGUUUAUGCAUUACACUGGAGUUGACAGCCCUCAUAUUUGGUAGGCCUGAAAGCUCUUUCAGUUAUUAAUAAGUUUCUCAUGGAAACAGAAGAAAUUGAUAAUUAGGUUCUCUAA